CACAGCUUGGUGUCAUGUAAACACUCAGCCUUCAUUCAUGCGCCUCAUCUGGUAGCUCGCAGCCCCAGACCUGCUUGGGAAAUUUGAUUGAUGUUGUCGACAUGGCCUCAGGCUCAAGCUUUGCUCCUCCAAAACUGGCAGACUUCAUCCUCACAGAGCGGCUGGGCAGUGGAACCUAUGCUACAGUCUAUAAAGCCUACAGGAAGGGCGACAGUCGAGAGGUGGUGGCAGUGAAGGUAAUUGGGAAGAAGACACUAAACAAGGCAUCUACUGAAAACUUGCUCACAGAGAUUGAAAUCCUCAAGACUGUGCGUCACCCUCAUAUAGUUCAGUUUAAAGACUUUCAGUGGGAUGCUGAGAACAUUUAUUUGAUCCUGGAGUGGUGCUCUGGUGGAGAUCUCUCCCGCUUCAUCCGCAGUCACAGGAUUUUAACCCAGAGCGUGGCUCGACGCUUCCUGCAGCAGAUUGCCUGCGCUCUCCAGUUUCUCCAUGAACGAAACAUUUCACACCUGGACUUGAAACCUCAGAAUAUUCUGCUGAGCGGCUCAGCCCUCAAACUAGCAGAUUUUGGCUUCGCCCAGUACAUGUCACCCUGGGACGAGCAGAGUGUCCUGAGAGGUUCUCCUCUGUACAUGGCUCCUGAGAUGGUGUGCCGACGCCAGUAUGACUCCAGGGUGGAUCUCUGGUCAGUUGGAGUCAUUCUCUAUGAGGCGCUGUUUGGACGAGCACCAUUCGCAUCAAGGUCUUAUUCUGAGUUGGAGGAGAAGAUCCGGAGUAACCAGCCCGUUGAGCUACCUCCUGGGGCCAGGGUAUCCAAGGACUGCAGGGACCUUCUGCUGCGACUGCUGGAGAGAAAUCCAGAUGUCCGGAUCACCUUUGCAGAGUUCUUCACCCACCCCUUUGUGGAUUUGGAGCACAUGCCCAGUGCAGAGAGUAUCGUGAAGGCGAAAGAGUUGGUUAUGCAGGCCGUUCAAAAAGACCAGGCAGGGGAGAGGUCUGCUGCUCUGUCUCUGUACUGCGCUGCCCUCGAGCACUUUGUCCCCGCUAUUCACUACGAGACAGAUCGACUACGUAAAGAUGCCAUCAGGCAGAAGGUUAGCCAGUAUGUGUCCAGAGCGGAGGAGCUGAAAGCCCUGGUGGCCUCUGAAAACAGGCUGAUCUUUGAGGAGGCCCGAACCUCCAGGGAUGUCCUCCGAGAGAUGUCUCGAGGCUCACCACGGCUGCUGGCUGCUUUGCAGAUGGCCUCUUCUGCCAUUGCUAAGGAAGAGAUGGAUGAACACGAGGCUCUGGAUGUUUACCAGCAGUGCUUAGGAGAACUACUGUUGGUGCUAGCAGCUGAGCCCCAAGGCCGCAGAAGAGAGCUGCUCCACGGUGAGAUUAAAAGUCUUAUGAGCAGAGCUGAAUACCUCAAAAAACACUUCAAGAUGCAGGAGACUCAGCGAGACGUGUCUCUGGAUCGAGAAUCUCUUGCUGAAUCCGUCAGAAGCUCCUGCUGUUUGCAGUGAGCUUGAAGUGGACCAUGGGAACCAGUGGGGAUGCUCAUGGUCUCAGAACUUCCACCUGACCAGGUUUCUGUAGGAGCCAAAUCCAAUCUGCAUCACACCUCACCCUAACCAACUUGAUGUGUGCCAGUGGGAUCCUGCAGUCAACAGCCAAGUGUGGUCAAAGUUGCCGGAAGUAUUUCUACCAGAUUAUUAUUGUUCGGAGGAAUACAACUGUUUAGCUGGUACAUUUCUGCAAAUAGCUUUUGGAUUCUGGAUUUGCACACUGAGGUGAAUGUGAAAGUUCCCGGCUCUUUACUUUGCACUGGUGCACUGCUUGGCCUCAAAUCCCUCCUCCUGACACACCAUUCAUAUGUAAAUGCUGGACAGCUUGUACCACAAUACCACACUGUCAUGGUAAACAUGCUAAACUGAGACCCUUGUAUUUUGUUUUAGGGCAGAAAAUUAAGUCAGUCAGACAAAACUGUAAAAAAAACCCUGAUGAUACAAUCAAAUAUAAAUUGUGAUGUUAAGUACCAUGAGGUUUUUGAACAGGAGUAUUAAGUAUAUUAUAUUGAGGCCCCUGCAAACAUGCACACACUCCCUUACCCCCACUUUCCCCCACUGCCUUUACUGUGGGUCGACCACAGGCUCACCAUGCUCUCUCCGCUGAUGGAGCCCUCUCCACCACUAUGAGGGGAAAACGGGAGAGGUGCGGCAUCUGCCUUAUUUACACUAGACUUGCAUUUUCUUAGGUUUGGCAGUGGACUGGGAUUUGAGGGAUACAGUGAGUUGUGGCGCUCAAGGAAAGCUUUAUAACUGGGCCUCUGUGAAAUGGUGAAAGGCUGAACAGUGGUCGCAGGCUGUCGUCGGUCUUCACGCACUGUUUUCAUUUCAGACAGGUAAAGUGCUUGAAAACUGUGAAAAGGGAGCUUUACUUUGUGAAAAUCAAUUUGAAGAAAAUACCUGAAGCUGAAGUCAAAUGAGGGUAGGUGUAAAUACUAUGUGUCACCUGACAAGACUUCAACCCUGCUGUUUACUUUAAUUUUGAUUUGAAUGUUUAUACAGCUGUGAUUUUAUAAUGUAUUUAUUAAAUGAGAAAUUCAGUGGAAAAUAAAAUGGCAGUCUCUGA